ACUUUUUGUAAUAGUGUUUGCCAAUACAACUCUGCAAAUUAAAUUUAUGUAAUUAUAUACUAAAUACUACCGUAAGUGUAAUUUAAAUCACAGUGUUAUAUAUACAUAUAUAAAUAGAAAAAAUAUAUCUACUCAAAAGUUUUACUCUAAGCACGCCUACAUACGCUGACGCCCUGCCGUGUGUUUAAAAAAUUCCGCUCUACAUCCAGUAUUCGCCCACAAAUCGACUGUAUAUACACACCUACUUAAUUGCAUGUGGCGAAACAACAAAAAAAAUCAAAAAAAAAAGUAAAAAAAAAAUUGUGUAGUUCAAACAUUUGAAAUUGCCUGCCCCUUGCAUGUGACCUGACAUUUGUGCUACUCGGCGUAGCCUACAUUUAGGGGCCAAAAGUCAAAUUGAAACUAGUGAGUACAUAAACACUGCAGCGUUGUAACCAUUUCGGACGUCAGUGUGUCAUACCAACGGACAGCCGGUGGCAGACAAUUUGUGACAGUCGGAACUGGUGCACCUGUUUCGCAUAUUAAAUGUCAGUGUUGGAGCGUUGCGUUGGGCUUGCUGCAAGCUUCGCAUGAUUUUUAACACAAUUAGUAUUGCAGUUAUCGGCCUGAAAGUGGGCCGCUAGGAAUAACUACUGCAUGCCGACAGCUAGUGCUGCAGGCUAACCUCGAUUAUUUGUUGCAACAACGGUGCGCUCUGGGGAGCACACGUGACCCUAGUAAAGCGAGCUGUGCCGUUACAUAUAUGCUAACUGUAGUUACAUUGUUGUUGGUGGUGGUGACGAACUACAUAAACAGAUGUCUCGAUGCCUCGUUGAAAUCCAUUAAAACUCUGCUGCGCACUUAGGCAGCCAUCGGCAACCUUCAGCGGUGGCCACAAUUGAACAUUAAAUCACUUAAGAAACCACAACAACAACAGUAGCAAUAGAAAUCAAUAAAAAUGCGUUCCUCACCCUACGCCUACCACAUCGCCAACGACUUGAGCGAAGAAGAGUCCGACGGCAAUGCACUGGACUAUCACAUGGCGGCGGCCAUUAGCUCGAACCAUCGCCAGCAGCAGCAACAACAAAUGGAAUCGAAAUUGAAAGACAUACCAGAGAAGUAUUUCAUGAUGAUUGCUCACUUCCUGGCGGGCGAUUUCAAUGACACCGAAGCGAUGGACCGUGUCAACGGGCCCAUACUGAAAGCGAGCAUUAAGUCCGUCUAUUGGCUGUUCCUCAUCCAGUAUGCGUUGCUGGCGCUGGCCGGCAUCGCCAUGAAUGUGAGCAUUAUUGCGUAUGCGAUGUAUAAUCGCCUCUACAAGGAUGUGACGCACGCUUUCAUCGUUAAUUUGGCGUUGUGCCAUUUGGUGCAGUGUGCGCUGGUGUUGCCGAUAACGUUGAUGGUGAUGCUCAUACAGAAUUGGAUAUUCGGACAAUUUUUGUGCUUCUUUCUGCCAAUGCUGCAGGACAUUCCGCUGCAUGUUGCCAUAAUAUCGCACAUUCUCAUCGCCUGGGAUCGCAUGCGCUGGCUGAGCGAUCCACUGCAGGGCCGCUUGCCGGCCUUCGUCUGCUGCUGCGCGACCUGGCUUACUGGCAUGGUGAUUGCGCUGCCAUAUCCCAUCUAUACGAUUUAUGUGGAAUUGGGGGAUUAUGUGACAGAUCUAAAUGGCAUCGGCCUUUGUGUGGUCAACCUAAUGGAUGAUAUGCACGAAUAUAUGCGUGGGCUCUUUUUGCUAAUGUACUGUGCGCCCUCCGUUCUGUUGGCUUAUCUUUACAUAAGGACUUCACAGGAGCUGCGACCACCUGAUGGUCCAUUUGCCGUUAUGAUGUUCGAGCAUCGCGCGGAUAUGCGAAAUCGCCAACGCAACUCAUCAGCCUCUUCGGUGGGCGGCAGCGUCGGCGCCACCAACACUUCCACCUCGGGCAUCGGCUCAGCGCUCACCACACACACGAAUGGCGGUGCCAGUGCCGGUAGUGGUAUUGGUAUGGGUCACAACACCUCAUCUGCGCUGUCGACAACCGGGUCCGCUACAACGAAGACACGCUCGUACGACUUGUACAGCGCUGAGUUGGAUGUUUAUCGGGAGAAGCGAAAGCAACGCAACUUUGGCAGCAUGGCUGCCGCUCAGAUACUCUGUCUGUGUCCGCUAAUGAUUCUACGCUUCGCACGCCUUUCCAUGGAGGAGACCUAUGAGAAUCAGAAGCAUUUCGACUUCACCUAUCUGAUGUUUGUGUGGAUCGCUUUUCUGCCCACCGUCAUCUUUCCCUGCAUUUAUGCCUCGCAGAUACUACCCAGAGAUAAACAGGAGCGCAUACGUGGCUAUUUUCGUCUUUCGACGAAACGUUUCCAUAAAUCGCGCAGUUGUGGCGGCAGCGGCAGCGGCCACACGCCCAGCUCCCGCGAGGAUUCCAUUGAAAAGGACGACAACACAAACGCCACACAAGCCACAUCGAUACUCGUGAACGGCGAGGAGUUUUUGAAUGGCGGCGGCAGCAUUACCGGCACCGCGCUGGUGACACGUCACGAGCUCAAUCGGGCUGCCAAGUUUCAACAACAGCAGCAACAGCAUCACAACAAUUGCCGACAGGCUGGCAAAGACAGCGCGAACGGCGGUGCUGCGGUAGGUCAGCAUGCUUACGGCAGCAAGUCGACGCCGCUGGCGAAGGAUGUGCGUGUGAAGAAGAAUGAUGUGAAGAUUAAGAUAAUAUCGGAUGGCGGCAAAGGCAAGAAGUCAACGUUGGCAGGCAUUGGCGGUGCUGGGCAAUUGCAGGCACAGCAUGCAGCGAAGAGCGCCAGCGUGAGCAGCGGCAGUCGACGCGAGAGUGUUGCCGGUGGCGGCGGUGGCGGUGGUAGUAUUGGUGAGCGCAAAUUGACGUUGGGCUCGUUGGAUAACUCCUGCUCGAAUAUGACCUCGUCGACCUACUGCAAUGGCGCUGGCAGUUUGCUGGAGGAUGAUGGUGGCGCAAGCAAUUUCGGUGACGGUGAAGACUCCUCAAUAGUGAGUGGCAUGAUUGUGCCACACAAGAAGUGGAGCCUCAGUGGUCAACCAUUGUUACGCAACAAAGAUUUAUCAUUUAGCGAUUGCAGCAGUUUCUCGCAUAUGGAGACAGCCAGCACGUUGGAGCGUGACAUGGAGAUAAUCGAUAUGUUGGAACGUGAACGCAGUAUGGACAUACAGGAAAUGAUAGAGCGUGAGAAGCAUGGUGAGACGGUGCGCAUGACGGUGGGUGAACGUCGCAAGCUGCCCGAUAUUGAGAAGAUUUAUCAGCGUUCGCCAAAAGCGAAACUCGAUCCGUACAGUUAUGAUGUGUCUUCGCAGGUGACGCCGACACCGUCAACAGCAACCGCCAAGGAUAGCAUACCGAACUCUUUGCUCUGCAGUGAUCCGUUGCAGUCAAGCGGUGGCAUUAGUAGUAGUGGUAGCAGCACGAAUGAUGGCGGUUAUAGCGUUGCGUCGACGUUUACCGGCGAUGAUGGUAUGGCAGCGCAUCGCCUGUCACGCAACGAUGACGGUGAGAGUGGCAUCGAUGUCGACGAAGAAGUGCCGUCCGAUUUCUUCGACAAGUACACGCCGGGCGCUGCCAAUUCGGUGCCAUAUGCCAGCAGCGGCGGCGGCCCGGCAGUCAACACCCCCACUUCCGCCUACCAGUAUCAGUACUCGCGUCGUCUGAGCCGCAAAUCAUCGCACCACAGUCAAGGCUCCAAUUCACACCGCACUUCGAAGCGAGAUAGCUUCAAUUCCUUGAAUGGCAGCGAUCUCAUUGCGGGCGCAUUCGGUGAGCUCGAUCCAACGCAACCACUGUCGAAGAUGUCAGUGGUGGAGGGGCGUAUGCGUCGCAGUAGUGGACGUACGUCCAGUUUCUCUUCCUCGGCGCGCAGUUCAAUGAAGUCACGCGACUACAGUCAUGGUUCAUCGCAUUCGGCGCAUCCAGAGUUGGAUUUCAGGGAGAAUAUAUUCGCCGAACUCUGAAGAGGUGAGUGUGGUAAGACUCGAGUUUAGGUGCCACGAUCCAAAUUGUGCAUGCUUUAUUUGAACGAGGUGCCUAAUUGGAUUAAAUUAAGCAACGAAGGUAUGUUUGAAGUAGAAAGCUAGCUUUUAAUACGAACAAAUACAGAAACCCUUAAAUAGUGUGUAUUGGUAUGGAAGUCCUGACAGAGCAGUUUUAUAACAGUAGUUAAGCGUAAGUUUUUAUUAAUGUAGACAGAUCCUAGUAUGUGGUAAGUAAUGUUAAGUAUAAAUUUGAAAUGUGAUGCAAAUAGGUAUUGAAUUGGCUUAAGCAUUCUUGAACGAAGUAUCAAAUGGUGUUCAGUGAAAGACGAGGAAAUACUUACACAUAGUGUUGUUGGAAUUGCGUUGCGUAUAAGUUAGUUGAUUUGUUAUGUGGGAAUUUAGAUAAUAAGGGUUGCUAACUGGAGCAAUAUACGAAGCUUACCUAACCUGGACCUACAGAUGAUUUGAAGGUUAGUUGACCUUUGAAUGAUGUUUGGUUAAGCAGAUUUCUGGUCAACUGUUCCGAAGGAUAUCGUUGGAAUUGAUGUAGCUCUAGUAUUUGGAUUCCAAGGUUGAUAUAUUCAUGAGUUACGGGAAUAGCAAUAAAGUGGAAUAUUUGGCUCUAAAGAACUUAAAUGGUUCGAGAAAGGACGGGUAAAACUCGGAGGAUUAUUAAGAUGAUAAUUUGUAUGGGACAAUUGUAUGCUUUGUUCCUGAAGAACAUAACAUAUGAGUCCUUUUGAAGAAAAGUACGGGUACUUGAGUAAACGAAGGCUACUAGAAUAACGCUAUUAUGAAAGAAUCUGUCGUGAGAGAGUAAAGCGUGAAAAAGUCACGUUCUAUUGUAUUUUAUAUAAGCAUUUGUUAGUUUGAUAGUUAAUUAUGGUGCGUUAAAAAUAAUAAAUCUUUUUUACAAUACUUUUAUAUAAGUUUGUUUGAGGUGUAAGGCGAUUUUCUUUGGAAAAUAUAAAGAAUUUUAGUUAGUGUUAGCUUGCAUUUGAAAGUCACUUAAAAGAGCUGCCUUCGAUUCGCUGAACCGUGAACUUAGUGAAUUAGUGAAUCGAACAAACAGCUGGUAUAAAUAUCAUAAACUGGCAUAAUUCAAUAGUUUUUGAAAGCCACCACUUCUACCUCUUUG